CCGUGGGAACCGCGGAGCGCGGCUGCGCCAGCAGACCAGCCAGAGUCUGAGGGGGCGAGGGACACUGAGGCCCAAACAUGGAGCUCCCGGAUCCAGUGCGCCAGCGGCUGGGAAACUUCAGCCGAACCGUAUUCAGCGACUCCAGCCGGACCGGGCCGGAGUACAGUGAGGGUCCGGAUAAUGAAAUGGUCUCCAGUUUGCCAUUGCAGAUGUCGCUUUAUUUUAACACUUACUUUUUCCCACUUUGGUGGGUGAGCUGUAUUAUGAUGCUUCACAUGAAGUAUUCAGUUUUGCCUGAUUACUACAAAUUCAUUGUGAUCACUGUUAUCAUCCUAAUAACCUUAAUUGAAGCCAUCCGGUUGUACCUGGGCUACAUGGGAAACCUACAGGAAAAGGUUCCUGAGUUGGCUGGCUUUUGGCUUUUGAGCCUUCUACUGCAGUUGCCUUUAAUUCUUUUCUUGCUCUUUAAUGAAGGCCUAACGAAUCUGCCCUUGGAAAAAGCAAUUCAUAUCAUCUUCACUAUCUUCCUUACAUUCCAAGUUAUUUCAGCAUUUCUUACCUUGAGGAAAAUGGUCAAUCAGUUGGCAGUUCGUUUCCAUCUCCAGGACUUUGAUCGGCUGUCUGCAAACAGAGGAGACAAUAGAAGAAUGAGGUCAUGUAUACAGGAGAUUUGAUUCAUUGCUAUUAAGUGAAAAUCUGAAAGAUGAUUUUAGAAGACUACAAGAGUUAGGGGGAAACUCAGAGAUAUAGCAUGAAAAAAGGUCAAAGCAAGUUUUUUGAGUUGCGUGCUA